AUGCCAUUCUUCCAACCCAAAGUCACUCCCCUACCCUCCGACAUCAACCUCCAAGGCCAAUCCGCCGUGAUAACGGGCGCCAGCGCAGGCCUAGGCCUCGAAACAGCCCGGCAACUCCUCGCCCUAAACCUAACCACCCUCAUCCUCGCCGUCCGCAACGAAACCAAAGGCCAAGCCUGUAUGCAAACCCUCCUCGCCGACCCAACCAUCCAAUCCAAAAACCCAACCAUCAAAAUCCUCCCCCUCGACGUCAACGACACCGACAGCAUAACAUCCUUCGCCAAAAUGCUUCCUCAAACCCUUCCGACACUCGACAUCCUCAUCCUCAACGCAGGAAUAAGUCGCUUGAAAUACACACCCAAUCCAACGGGCCACGAAGAGACCGUUCAAGUCAAUUACCUCUCCAAUGCUCUCCUCCUGGCAACCUUACUCCCGUAUUUGAUUGCCAGCGCCGAAACGACCGGCUCGCCAACGCGGGUGACCUGGCUCGGGAGUCGCAUGCACGAGGCCAUGACUAGUUUCCCUAAAAAGUCUCCCCUGGCUACGUACACCUCCGUUCUGGAGUAUGUCGACGCCGAGGGGACCAUUUCGCCGUACUCGCGGUACGCAGAUAGCAAGGUCCUCUGCGCGAUGUUCAUGUACAGUCUUGCGCCGAGAUUGGAUCCGAGCAAGGUAUUGCUGAAUAUGGUUUGUCCGGGGAUGGUGGAUACGGGGAUCAGUGACUUUUUGCCGAUUUAUUGGAGGGCUGUUGUUGAUCUUGUGAAGGCGUUGAGGGCGAGGAGUGUUGAGGUUGGGGGGUGGUUGGUUGUUAAUGCCGCCGUUGUGGCGGGGGUGGAGUCGCAUGGGAGGCUUUUGGGGGAUAAGGAGGUUCUUGAGGUCUCAAAGUAUAUCCGGUCCGAGGAUGGGAGGAAGGUGCAGGAGAAGUUGUGGGAGGAGACUUUGGAUGAGGUGAAGAAGUUUACUUCUUUGCCGCGGGAGUUUAGAUGA